GGCUGCUGUAAAACUAGCGCGGGCUGCCCGCGGCCAUAGUAGGGCGUCACCGGUGCAUUGCUGCGGCUGGUCGGGGCAGCACUGCACGCCGCGCGGCCCGGGCCUCGACACGACGCUAGAUGAGAGAUGCACUAGGAAUUUUGCUCUCCGACAAGUAACGCCAUCGACAGGCUCUGUGGCCCUUACGCCACCCCGCCCGAUCCGAAAAGGGACGCCUCGCAAAGCUGCCCCGGGCUGCCCCACCCCGCCCUAGAACGACUCGCAAGCUGCCCAGAGGGGCUGCCCCAGGACCACCAUGGAGGGCUCGCCCCACCGGACGCCCAAGGUCUACACGAGCCCCGCGACGCCGCCGGCCCAGCCAAUCCUAGCAGCCAGCCCGACGUCGAGCCCCUUCCGCAACAUCAAGCCCAAGACGCGCCAAGAAAGAGCCGCUUUAAGAGAUAAAGUAGCUCUAGAGAAAGACAGACUGAUGAAGCGCACCGGAUUAGCUGCUAAAAUGUAUCGAGAAAACGCCCCGGACACGAGUGACGGGUUAGUCGUACCGAGACCGGACGCGGCCGGCUUCAUGGCCGACUCGGACCGGUUCCACACGGACGUCGCGGGCGAGGACAAGCUGAGGCGGGACGCGAAAAUCAAGCAGGAUUAUUUGCGGAGGGAGCAUACACGUCUAGAAAGGGCCAAGGCGGAGGAGCAGCGCUGGGCCCGCAUCCAGCAGGAAAAAGCGAACGAGGAGGCGAACUGGCUCGCCGAGCGCCAGGCGGGCAUCAAGGCCAAGCGGAACGCGUCUUCUGUGCCGUUUGACAUGGUCACCCUGCAAUAUCAUGACAGUUUGGACGGCGAGCGCCUACGCUACCACGACGACAAGGUGCGGUACCGCGCGGCGGUGCGGUCGUCCAACCUCCUGAAGAACGGCGGGUCGCGGGCGGGCUACGACAUCCUUACUGGGGGAGACGUGCGAGGGCUCCAGAAGCCGUCCUAUCCUCAGGCCUCGGGGGCGCUGGCGGAGGAGAUGGCCGAGGCGCGUCGGAGAGCGCUGGCGGACGAAGAAGCAAGGCUGGCCGCGCGCACGAGUAACUACUAGUAUGGAC